AUGGAGAAGUUAAAAGGUAGUGUUUUGUGCAAAGUGGUGAUAACAUUAAUGGUGUUAUCCAGUGUUAAUGCAAGUAUAAAAGAUGAAAUGCGUAAUGGUGUAUCGUUUAAGCUAACCGAGCUCAUUAGAAAAUUGUUCCCCGUGGAUGAAAAAGUGAUGGAAAGUGCUUCAAACAACCUGAUACCUAAUAUAAUCAAAAAGAUAAAAGAUUAUAUCUUCCCAUCAUCAACUACGACGUCAACCAUUGAAACAACUGAAUCAAUAGAAACUCAACAAACAACCACGUCUGCUACAGUCGAUCAAACAACUACACCCGAUGAUGUACACAAGCAACCACCAGCAGAAGACGAACAAACACACAGCACUGAUGACACUGCGGUGUCAACAAGCGAUGAUGAAAUGAUAACGACAACAACUACAGCAGCUGCCGAAGAGGAAACGAAAAGCACAGCGGCUGAAGAAGAAACCGAGACUACAGCAGCCUCCGAAGAGGAAACGGAAAGCACAGCGGCCGAAGAAGAAACCGAGACUACAGCUUCCGCCGAAGAGGAAACGGAAAGCACGGCGGCUGAAGAAGAAACCGAGACUACAGCUUCCGCCGAAGAGGAAACGGAAAGCACAGCGGCUGAAGAAGAAACCGAGACUACAGCUUCCGCCGUAGAGGAAACGGAAAGCACAGCGGCUGAAGAAGAAACCGAGACUACAGCUUCCGCCGAAGAGGAAACGGAAAGCACGGCGGCUGAAGAAGAAACCGAGACUACAGCUUCCGCCGAAGAGGAAACGGAAAGCACGGCGGCUGAAGAAGAAACCGAGACUACAGCUUCCGCCGAAGAGGAAACGAAAAGCACAGCGGCUGAAGAAGAAACCGAGACUACAGCAGCCUCCGAAGAGGAAACGGAAAGCACAGCGGCCGAAGAAGAAACCGAGACUACAGCUUCCGCCGAAGAGGAAACGGAAAGCACGGCGGCUGAAGAAGAAACCGAGACUACAGCUUCCGCCGAAGAGGAAACGGAAAGCACAGCGGCUGAAGAAAAAACCGAGACUACAGCAGCCUCCGAAGAGGAAACGGAAAGCACAGCGGCCGAAGAAGAAACCGAGACUACAGCUUCCGCCGAAGAGGAAACGGAAAGCACGGCGGCUGAAGAAGAAACCGAGACUACAGCUUCCGCCGAAGAGGAAACGGAAAGCACAGCGGCUGAAGAAGAAACCGAGACUACAGCUUCCGCCGAAGAGGAAACGGAAAGCACGGCGGCUGAAGAAGAAACCGAGACUACAGCUUCCGCCGAAGAGGAAACGGAAAGCACAGCGGCUGAAGAAAAAACCGAGACUACAGCAGCCUCCGAAGAGGAAACGGAAAGCACAGCGGCUGAAAAAGAAACCGAGACUACAGCUUCCGCCGAAGAGGAAACGGAAAGCACGGCGGCUGAAGAAGAAACCGAGACUACAGCUUCCGCCGAAGAAGAAACGGAAAGCACGACGGCUGAAGAAGAAACCGAGACUACAGCUUCCGCCGAAGAGGAAACGGAAAGCACGGCGGCUGAAGAAGAAACCGAGACUACAGCUUCCGCCGAAGAGGAAACGGAAAGCACAGCGGCUGAAGAAGAAACCGAGACUACAGCAGCCGCCGAAGAGGAAACGGAAAGCACAGCGGCUGAAGAAGAAACCGAGACUACAGCUUCCGCCGAAGAGGAAACGGAAAGCACAGCGGCUGAAGAAGAAAUCGAGACUACAGCAGCCUCCGAAGAGGAAACGGAAAGCACGGCGGCCGAAGAAGAAACCGAGACUACAGCUUCCGCCGAAGAGGAAACGGAAAGCACAGCGGCUGAAGAAGAAACCGAGACUACAGCUUCCGCCGAAGAGGAAACGGAAAGCACGGCGGCUGAAGAAGAAACCGAGACUACAGCUUCCGCCGAAGAGGAAACGGAAAGCACGGCGGCUGAAGAAGAAACCGAGACUACAGCUUCCGCCGAAGAGGAAACGGAAAGCACGGCGGCUGAAGAAGAAACCGAGACUACAGCUUCCGCCGAAGAGGAAACGGAAAGCACAGCGGCUGAAGAAGAAACCGAGACUACAGCAGCCGCCGAAGAGGAAACGGAAAGCACAGCGGCUGAAGAAGAAACCGAGACUACAGCUUCCGCCGAAGAGGAAACGGAAAGCACGGCGGCUGAAGAAGAAACCGAGACUACAGCUUCCGCUGAUGACGAAACGGAAAGCACGGCGGCUGAAGAAGAAACCGAGACUACAGCUUCCGCCGAAGAGGAAACGGAAAGCACGGCGGCUGAAGAAGAAACCGAGACUACAGCUUCCGCCGAAGAGGAAACGGAAAGCACGGCGGCUGAAGAAGAAACCGAGACUACAGCUUCCGCCGAAGAGGAAACGGAAAGCACGGCGGCUGAAGAAGAAACCGAGACUACAGCUUCCGCCGAAGAGGAAACGGAAAGCACGGCGGCUGAAGAAGAAACCGAGACUACAGCUUCCGCCGAAGAGGAAACGGAAAGCACAGCGGCUGAAGAAAAAACCGAGACUACAGCAGCCUCCGAAGAGGAAACGGAAAGCACAGCGGCUGAAAAAGAAACCGAGACUACAGCUUCCGCCGAAGAGGAAACGGAAAGCACAGCGGCUGAAAAAGAAACCGAGACUACAGCUUCCGCCGAAGAGGAAACGGAAAGCACGGCGGCUGAAGAAGAAACCGAGACUACAGCUUCCGCCGAAGAAGAAACGGAAAGCACGACGGCUGAAGAAGAAACCGAGACUGCAGCUUCCGCCGAAGAGGAAACGGAAAGCACGGCGGCUGAAGAAGAAACCGAGACUACAGCUUCCGCCGAAGAGGAAACGGAAAGCACAGCGGCUGAAGAAGAAACCGAGACUACAGCAGCCUCCGAAGAGGAAACGGAAACCACAGCGGCCGAAGAAGAAACCGAGACUACAGCUUCCGCCGAAGAGGAAACGGAAAGCACAGCGGCUGAAGAAGAAACCGAGACUACAGCAGCCUCCGAAGAGGAAACGGAAAGCACGGCGACUGAAGAAGAAACCGAGACUACAGCUUCCGCCGAAGAGGAAACGGAAAGCACAGCGACUGAAGAAGAAAUCGAGACUACAGCAGCCUCCGAAGAGGAAACGGAAAGCACGGCGGCCGAAGAAGAAACCGAGACUACAGCUUCCGCCGAAGAGGAAACGGAAAGCACGGCGGCUGAAGAAGAAACCGAGACUACAGCUUCCGCUGAUGACGAAACGGAAAGCACGGCGGCUGAAGAAGAAACCGAGACUACAGCUUCCGCCGAAGAGGAAACGGAAAGCACGGCGGCUGAAGAAGAAACCGAGACUACAGCUUCCGCCGAAGAAGAAACGGAAAGCACGGCGGCUGAAGAAGAAACCGAGACUACAGCUUCCGCCGAAGAGGAAACGGAAAGCACGGCGGCUGAAGAAGAAACCGAGACUACAGCUUCCGCCGAAGAGGAAACGGAAAGCACGGCGGCUGAAGAAGAAACCGAGACUACAGCUUCCGCCGAAGAGGAAACGGAAAGCACGGCGGCUGAAGAAGAAACCGAGACUACAGCUUCCGCCGAAGAGGAAACGGAAAGCACGGCGGCUGAAGAAGACACCGAGACUACAGCUUCCGCCGAAGAGGAAACGGAAAGCACAGCGGCUGAAGAAGAAACCGAGACUACAGCAGCCUCCGAAGAGGAGACGGAAAGCACAGCGGCCGAAGAAGAAACCGAGACUACAGCUUCCGCCGAAGAGGAAACGGAAAGCACAGCGGCUGAAGAAGAAACCGAGACUACAGCUUCCGCCGAAGAGGAAACGGAAAGCACAGCGGCUGAAGAAGAAACCGAGACUACAGCUUCCGCCGAAGAGGAAACGGAAAGCACGGCGGCUGAAGAAGAAACCGAGACUACAGCUUCCGCCGAAGAGGAAACGGAAAGCACAGCGGCUGAAGAAGAAACCGAGACUACAGCUUCCGCCGAAGAGGAAACGGAAAGCACAGCGGCUGAAGAAGAAACCGAGACUACAGCAGCCUCCGAAGAGGAAACGGAAAGCACAGCGGCCGAAGAAGAAACCGAGACUACAGCUUCCGCCGAAGAGGAAACGGAAAGCACGGCGGCUGAAGAAGAAACCCAGACUACAGCUUCCGCCGAAGAGGAAACGGAAAGCACAGCGGCUGAAGAAGAAACCGAGACUACAGCAGCCUCCGAAGAGGAAACGGAAAGCACGGCGGCUGAAGAAGAAACCGAGACUACAGCUUCCGCCGAAGAGGAAACGGAAAGCACAGCGGCUGAAAAAGAAACCGAGACUACAGCAGCCGCCGAAGAGGAAACGGAAAGCACAGCGGCUGAAGAAGAAACCGAGACUACAGCUUCCGCCGAAGAGGAAACGGAAAGCACAGCGGCUGAAGAAGAAACCGAGACUACAGCUUCCGCCGAAGAGGAAACGGAAAGCACAGCGGCUGAAGAAGAAACCGAGACUACAGCUUCCGCCGAAGAGGAAACGGAAAGCACAGCGGCUGAAGAAGAAACCGAGACUACAGCAGCCUCCGAAGAGGAAACGGAAAGCACAGCGGCCGAAGAAGAAACCGAGACUACAGCUUCCGCCGAAGAGGAAACGGAAAGCACGGCGGCUGAAGAAGAAACCCAGACUACAGCUUCCGCCGAAGAGGAAACGGAAAGCACAGCGGCUGAAGAAGAAACCGAGACUACAGCAGCCUCCGAAGAGGAAACGGAAACCACAGCGGCCGAAGAAGAAACCGAGACUACAGCUUCCGCCGAAGAGGAAACGGAAAGCACGGCGGCUGAAGAAGAAACCGAGACUACAGCUUCCGCCGAAGAGGACACGGAAAGCACAGCGGCUGAAGAAGAAACCGAGACUACAGCUUCCGCCGAAGAGGAAACGGAAAGCACGGCGGCUGAAGAAGAAACCGAGACUACAGCUUCCGCCGAAGAGGAAACGGAAAGCACGGCGGCUGAAGAAGAAACCGAGACUACAGCUUCCGCCGAAGAGGAAACGGAAAGCACAGCGGCUGAAGAAGAAACCGAGACUACAGCUUCCGCCGAAGAGGAAACGGAAAGCACAGCGACUGAAGAAGAAACCGAGACUACAGCUUCCGCCGAAGAGGAAACGGAAAGCACGGCGGCUGAAAAAGAAACCGAGACUACAGCUUCCGCCGAAGAGGAAACGGAAAGCACGGCGGCUGAAGAAGAAACCGAGACUACAGCUUCCGCCGAAGAGGAAACGGAAAGCACGGCGGCUGAAGAAGAAACCGAGACUACAGCAGCCGCCGAAGAGGAAACGGAAAGCACAGCGGCUGAAGAAGAAACCGAGACUACAGCUUCCGCUGAUGACGAAACGGAAAGCACGGCGGCUGAAGAAGAAACCGAGACUACAGCUUCCGCUGAAGAGGAAACGGAAAGCACAGCGGCUGAAGAAGAAACCGAGACUACAGCUUCCGCCGAAGAGGACACGGAAAGCACGGCGGCUGAAGAUGAAACCGAGACUACAGCUUCCGUCGAAGAGGACACGGAAAGCACGGCGGCUGAAGAAGAAACCGAGACUACAGCAGCCUCCGAAGAGGAAACGGAAAGCACGGCGGCUGAAGAAGAAACCGAGACUACAGCUUCCGCCGAAGAGGAAACGGAAAGCACAGCGGCUGAAGAAGAAACCGAGACUACAGCUUCCGCCGAAGAGGAAACGGAAAGCACAGCGGCUGAAGAAGAAACCGAGACUACAGCUUCCGCCGAAGAAGAAACGGAAAGCACGGCGGCUGAAGAAGAAACCGAGACUACAGCAACCUCCGAAGAGGAAACGGAAAGCACAGCGGCUGAAGAAGAAACCGAGACUACAGCUUCCGCCGAAGAGGAAACGGAAAGCACGGCGGCUGACGAACAAACCGAGACUACAGCUUCCGCCGAAGAGGACACGGAAAGCACGGCGGCUGAAGAAGAAACCGAGACUACAGCUUCCGCCGAAGAGGAAACGGAAAGCACGGCGGCUGAAGAAGAAACCGAGACUACAGCUUCCGCCGAAGAGGAAACGGAAAGCACGGCGGCUGAAGAAGAAACCGAGACUACAGCUUCCGCCGAAGAGGAAACGGAAAGCACACCGGCCGAAGAAGAAACCGAGACUACAGCUUCCGCCGUAGAGGAAACGGAAAGCACAGCGGCUGAAGAAGAAACCGAGACUACAGCUUCCGCCGAAGAGGAAACGGAAAGCACGGCGGCUGACGAACAAACCGAGACUACAGCUUCCGCCGAAGAGGACACGGAAAGCACAGCGGCUGAAGAAGAAACCGAGACUACAGCUUCCGCCGAAGAGGAAACGGAAAGCACACCGGCCGAAGAAGAAACCGAGACUACAGCUUCCGCCGAAGAGGAAACGGAAAGCACGGCGGCUGAAGAAGAAACCGAGACUACAGCUUCCGCCGAAGAGGAAACGGAAAGCACGGCGGCUGAAGAAGAAACCGAGACUACAGCUUCCGCCGAAGAGGAAACGGAAAGCACGGCGGCUGAAGAAGAAACCGAGACUACAGCUUCCGCCGAAGAGGAAACGGAAAGCACGGCGGCUGAAGAAGAAACCGAGACUACAGCUUCCGCCGAAGAGGAAACGGAAAGCACGGCGGCUGAAGAAGAAACCGAGACUACAGCUUCCGCCGAACAGGAAACGGAAAGCACAGCGGCUGAAAAAGAAACCGAGACUACAGCUUCCGCUGAUGAGGAAACGGAAAGCACAGCGGCUGAAGAAGAAACCGAGACUACAGCUUCCGCCGAAGAGGAAACGGAAAGCACAGCGGCUGAAGAAGAAACCGAGACUACAGCUUCCGCCGAAGAGGAAACGGAAAGCACAGCGGCUGAAGAAGAAACCGAGACUACAGCUUCCGCCGAUGAGGAAACGGAAAGCACGGCGGCUGAAGAAGAAACCGAGACUACAGCUUCCGCCGAAGAGGAAACGGAAAGCACGGCGGCUGAAGAAGAAACCGAGACUACAGCUUCCGCCGAAGAGGACACGGAAAGCACAGCGGCUGAAGAAGAAACCGAGACUACAGCUUCCGCCGAACAGGAAACGGAAAGCACGGCGGCUGAAGAAGAAACCGAGACUACAGCAACCUCCGAAGAGGAAACGGAAAGCACAGCGGCUGAAGAAGAAACCGAGACUACAGGUUCCGCCGAAGAGGAAACGGAAAGCACAGCGGCUGAAGAAGAAACCGAGACUACAGUAACCUCCGAAGAGGAAACGGAAAGCACGGCGGCUGAAAAAGAAACCGAGACUACAGCUUCCGCCGAAGAGGAAACGGAAAGCACAGCGGCUGAAGAAGAAACCGAGACUACAGCUUCCGCCGAAGAGGAAACGGAAAGCACAGCGGCUGAAGAAGAAACCGAGACUACAGCUUCCGCCGAAGAGGAAACGGAAAGCACAGCGGCUGAAGAAGAAACCGAGACUACAGCUUCCGCCGAAGAGGAAACGGAAAGCACAGCGGCUGAAGAAGAAACCGAGACUACAGCUUCCGCCGAAGAGGAAACGGAAAGCACGGCGGCUGAAGAAGAAACCGAGACUACAGCUUCCGCCGAAGAGGACACGGAAAGCACAGCGGCUGAAGAAGAAACCGAGACUACAGCUUCCGCCGAACAGGAAACGGAAAGCACGGCGGCUGAAGAAGAAACCGAGACUACAGCAACCUCCGAAGAGGAAACGGAAAGCACAGCGGCUGAAGAAGAAACCGAGACUACAGGUUCCGCCGAAGAGGAAACGGAAAGCACAGCGGCUGAAGAAGAAACCGAGACUACAGUAACCUCCGAAGAGGAAACGGAAAGCACGGCGGCUGAAAAAGAAACCGAGACUACAGCUUCCGCCGAAGAGGAAACGGAAAGCACAGCGGCUGAAGAAGAAACCGAGACUACAGCUUCCGCCGAAGAGGAAACGGAAAGCACACCGGCCGAAGAAGAAACCGAGACUACAGCUUCCGCCGAAGAGGAAACGGAAAGCACGGCGGCUGAAGAAGAAACCGAGACUACAGCAGCCUCCGAACAGGAAACGGAAAGUACGGCGGCUGAAGAAGAAACCGAGACUACAGCUUCCGCUGAUGAGGAAACGGAAAGCACAGCGGCUGAAGAAGAAACCGAGACUACAGCUUCCGCCGAAGAGGAAACGGAAAGCACGACUACAGCUUCCGCCGAAGAGGAAACGGAAAGCACAGCGGCUGAAGAAGAAACCGAGACUACAGCUUCCGCCGAAGAAGAAACGGAAAGCACGGCGGCUGAAGAAGAAACCGAGACUACAGCUUCCGCCGAAGAGGAAACGGAAAGCACGGCGGCUGAAGAAGAAACCGAGACUACAGCUUCCGCCGAAGAGGACACGGAAAGCACAGCGGCUGAAGAAGAAACCGAGACUACAGCUUCCGCCGAAGAGGAAACGGAAAGCACACCGGCCGAAGAAGAAACCGAGACUACAGCUUCCGCCGAAGAGGAAACGGAAAGCACGGCGGCUGAAGAAGAAACCGAGACUACAGCUUCCGCCGAAGAGGAAACGGAAAGCACGGCGGCUGAAGAAGAAACCGAGACUACAGCUUCCGCCGAAGAGGAAACGGAAAGCACGGCGGCUGACGAACAAACCGAGACUACAGCUUCCGCCGAAGAGGACACGGAAAGCACAGCGGCUGAAGAAGAAACCGAGACUACAGCUUCCGCCGAACAGGAAACGGAAAGCACGGCGGCUGAAAAAGAAACCGAGACUACAGCUUCCGCCGUAGAGGAAACGGAAAGCACAGCGGCUGAAGAAGAAACCGAGACUACAGCUUCCGCCGAAGAGGACACGGAAAGCACAGCGGCUGAAGAAGAAACCGAGACUACAGCUUCCGCCGAAGAAGAAACGGAAAGCACAGCGGUUGAAGAAGAAACCGAGACUACAGCUUCCGCCGAAGAGGAAACGGAAAGCACAGCGGCUGAAGAAGAAACCGAGACUACAGCUUCCGCCGAAGAAGAAACGGAAAGCACGGCGGCUGAAGAAGAAACCGAGACUACAGCUUCCGCCGAAGAGGAAACGGAAAGCACGGCGGCUGAAGAAGAAACCGAGACUACAGCUUCCGCCGAAGAGGACACGGAAAGCACAGCGGCUGAAGAAGAAACCGAGACUACAGCUUCCGCCGAAGAGGAAACGGAAAGCACACCGGCCGAAGAAGAAACCGAGACUACAGCUUCCGCCGAAGAGGAAACGGAAAGCACGGCGGCUGAAGAAGAAACCGAGACUACAGCUUCCGCCGAAGAGGAAACGGAAAGCACGGCGGCUGAAGAAGAAACCGAGACUACAGCUUCCGCCGAAGAGGAAACGGAAAGCACGGCGGCUGACGAACAAACCGAGACUACAGCUUCCGCCGAAGAGGACACGGAAAGCACAGCGGCUGAAGAAGAAACCGAGACUACAGCUUCCGCCGAAGAGGAAACGGAAAGCACGGCGGCUGAAGAAGAAACCGAGACUACAGCUUCCGCCGAACAGGAAACGGAAAGCACGGCGGCUGAAGAAGAAACCGAGACUACAGCAACCUCCGAAGAGGAAACGGAAAGCACAGCGGCUGAAGAAGAAACCGAGACUACAGCUUCCGCCGAAGAGGAAACGGAAAGCACAGCGGCUGAAGAAAAAACCGAGACUACAGCAGCCUCCGAAGAGGAAACGGAAAGCACAGCGGCCGAAGAAGAAACCGAGACUACAGCUUCCGCCGAAGAGGAAACGGAAAGCACGGCGGCUGAAGAAGAAACCGAGACUACAGCAGCCUCCGAAGAGGAAACGGAAAGCACGGCGGCUGAAGAAGAAACCGAGACUACAGCUUCCGCCGAAGAGGAAACGGAAAGCACAGCGGCUGAAGAAGAAACCGAGACUACAGCUUCCGCCGUAGAGGAAACGGAAAGCACGGCGGCUGAAGAAGAAACCGAGACUACAGCUUCCGCUGAAGAGGAAACGGAAAGCACAGCGGCUGAAGAAGAAACCGAGACUACAGCUUCCGCCGAACAGGAAACGGAAAGUACGGCGGCUGAAGAAGAAACCGAGACUACAGCUUCCGCUGAUGAGGAAACGGAAAGCACGGCGGCUGAAGAAGAAACCGAGACUACAGCUUCCGCCGAAGAGGAAACGGAAAGCACGGCGGCUGAAGAAGAAACCGAGACUACAGCAACCUCCGAAGAGGAAACGGAAAGCACGGCGACUGAAGAAGAAACCGAGACUACAGCUUCCGCCGAAGAGGAAACGGAAAGCACAGCGGCUGAAGAAGAAACCGAGACU